AUGUGCUUCGUUUCAAACGUGUUCAGUGUUUCUGAAUGUUCUUUUUUUGAUAUUUUUCUUUUGAGUGUGACAUGUGACAAGUUUAGAAGAGAUGAGAAAUGUCUUUGUUUGUUUUCCGAUACGAAAUAUUUAAUUCAGAAUGUCAACAUCGAAUUGAGACAUCUUAGAAUAUUAGGAAAAGAUAUCCAGGAACUUUAAAUCAUAAAUGUAUGACAGCAACUGUGGAAAUGAUUCCAGCGAGUUGAAGUGAUCUCCGAAAGCAUCAUGCAAAUCUUACCUAGCUAUUUGACUGCAUAUUUCAGAGUCAGAUGAUAUUGCUGUAUGUUUAAAAGUAUGCAAAACGGAAGAUGAAGGCGGCAGUGGCUUCUCGGGAUCAUAAAUUGUUCGAGAAUUUCUCUCACUUUUAUUUUCAAAAUUAAAAUUGAAACUUUUCAAAAGAUAGAUUGUCACGAUUCCUAGAAACAGCGAAAGUAUGAAGACAUUCCUAAAUAAACAAUUUAUUUAAUAGAUUAAAAAAAUUAAGUAAUUUUUAUUUUUACCUUAAUGAUGAUGUGAAACUUUGGAAAUAUUUCCAUUUGCCACGGUUCAAUUGUGAAUUUGUCAUCAUUUUUAAUUAAUUUAAACUUUUUCACUUCAUUUUAUCACUAGUUUUAAGUCAAAUUUAUCUCAAAACUUUUCAAAUAUCGACAACAAAAAUAUCAUAAAAACAUUUAAGGUUCGCAAUGCGCAAACUCCCGGAAUGAUUGCAUGAAAACUAGUUUUUAAGAACAAGAUUUUGG